AUGGAUAAUCCAUUGGCCAAGUUUCUUAUACCUGAAUAUGUAAAAUCUCUUUACCGAGAGGGUGUAGAAAAUCAUCAAUCGGGCAAUCUUAACGAAGCGAUGUCCUAUUAUACACAAGUGUUAGAUAAAAUUCAGGCGGUAGUCGAUGAUACUACUAUUGAAGAUCGAUUCAGAUACAAUGUUUAUUUUCUUACUGCUGACGUCUGUAUGAAGCGAACUGAAUGGAUGGAAGCAGCAAAAUUCAAUAAAAAUGCACAAAAAGUAGCGGAAAAGAUCCAGGAAGUGAUUCUGAUUACUCAAUGUUUAGAUAGACAAGGCAACAUAAAACGAUCACAGCGAGACUGGGAUGGAGCUUUAAAAGAUUAUAUGGAAUCGCUGGAUAUGAAAUUGAAUUGUUCGGACAAGGAUAAUAAAAGUAUUAGCAAUUCGUAUAAUCAGAUCGGGGUUGUUUAUCAAGCCUUAGGUAGACGCAAUGAGGCUCUCUCUAUAUUUGAGAAGUUAGUCAAAAUUCAGUUAUCAGUUCUCGGUCACAAUCAUCUUAAUGUUGCACAAUCUUAUUACAACAUUGGGAGCAUUUAUCAUGAUCAGAGCAAGUAUGAAGAGGCUUACAGGAUGCAUGAAAAAUCGCUUCAAAUUCGACUUUCAGCUCUUGGACAUAAUCAUCCCGAUGUUGCCACAUCAUAUAGUAAUAUUGGUACUGUGUAUAGAAAUCAAAGCAAGUUCGAUGAAGCUAUUUCAAUGUAUGAGAAGUCGCUAAAAAUUCGACUAUCAGUUUUUGGUCGCAAUCAUUCUGAUGUCGCUCAUUCAUAUAAUAACUUAGGAAUAGUUUGUAAUGAUCAAGGGAAGCAUGAAGAGGCCGUUAGUAUGCAUCAAAACUCACUGCAAAUUCGAUUAUCAGUUCAUAGUCCCGAUCAUGCAGAUGUUGCAACCUCCUAUACAAACAUGGGAAUUGCAUAUUGUGAUCAAGGAAAGUACGAUGAGGCUCUAACUGUGCAUGAGAAAUCGCUAAAAAUUCGAUUAGCAGCCCUUGGCUACAAUCAUCCUGACGUUGCCAAAACAUAUAAUAACUUGGGAAUGGUCUAUAGCGGCCAGGGAAAGCACGAAGAAGCGAUCUCUAUGUAUCAAAAGUCGCUCGAAAUUCGACUAUUAGUCCUUGACGAUAAUCAUCCUGAUGUUGCUCAAUCAUAUGACAAUAUUGCAACGAUACAUUUUGAUCAAGGCAAACAUAUUGAAGCUCUUUCUAUAUAUGAAAAGUCGCUAGAAAUUCGAUUAUCAGCUCUCGGUCACAAUCAUCUCCAUGUUGCCAAUUCCUAUCAUAAUAUCGCAUCUAUAUUUAGUGCUCAAAGCAAGCAUGAUGAGGCUAUUUGUAUGUAUGACAAAGCACUUCAAAUAAUGUUCUUAGUUCUUUGCCAUAAUCAUCCCAAUAUUGCUACAUGCUACAGCAACAUGGGAUCUGUGUACAGUAAUCAGGGAAAGUAUGAUGAGGCUCUUUCUAUGUUUGAGAAAUCACUCAAAAUUAAAUUAUUGCAUCUUGGUCACGAUCAUCCAGGUGUUGCUGCGUUAUAUUACAACAUGGGAAAUGUACAUAGGAAACAAGGCAAGCCUGAUGAGGCUCUUUCCUUAUACGAGAAAUCACUACAUAUUCAACUAUCUGUUUUUGGCCCAAAUCAUAUCGAUGUUGCCUCGUCCUAUAACAAUAUAGCGGCUGUGUAUAUCCAUCAGGGUAAGUAUGAUGAGGCUCUUUCUUUGCUUGAGAAGUCGCUUAAAAUUCGAUUAUUAGUCCUUGACCACGAUCAUCUUGAUAUUGCCCAAUCUUAUAAUGAUAUUGGAGCUGUAUAUUAUAUGCAGAGUAAACAUCAAGAUGCUAUUAACAUGACUGAAAAGGCACUCCAAAUUAAAUUAUCUAUUUUUGGCCAUAAUCAUCGAGAGAUUGCUAAAUCAUACGUUAAUAUAGCCGCUAUCUAUAGUGAUUUGGGGAAAUACAACGAGGCAAUUUCCAUGUAUGAAAAAUCGCUCAAAAUUCAAGUGUCCCUCCUUGGCCACAAUCAUCCCGAUAUUACUUAUGUAUAUACGAACAUAGGUAUUGCCUAUUAUCAUCAAGGAAAAUAUAAAGAGGCUCUCUCCAUGCAUGAGAAAUCGCUGUCAAUUCAGAUAUCAGCUCUUGGUCACAAUCAUCCUCAUGUUGCAAAAUCCUAUGGAUCCAUCGGUCAUAUCCAUUGCAUUCAAGGCAAAUAUGAUGAGGCUCUAUCCAUGUAUGAAAAGUCUCUCCAUAUUCAUUUAUCAGUCUUUGGUUAUAACCAUCCUAGUGUUGCUAAUUCAUAUAACAAUAUUGGAUUAGUGUAUAAGAAUCAAUGCAAGUAUGAAGAAGCUAUUUGCCAAUACGAAAAAUCGAUUGAAGUUCAAUUAUCUAUUCUUGGUCACAAUCAUCGUGAUGUUGCGGCAUCCUAUGCAAGCAUCGGACAGGUCUAUUUUCAGCAAAGUAAGUAUAAUGAGGCUAUUGCUAUGUAUAAGAAAUCUCUUAAAAUUCAAUUAUUAGUCUUUGAUGGUGAUCACAUCGAAAUCGCUUCAAUAUAUCAAAGUAUGGGACAAGCCUAUAGUCGUCAAGGCAAACACCAAGAGGCCAUUUCUAUGCAUGAUAAAUCACUCAAGAUGAAAUUAUCACUCGUUGGUCAUAAUCAUUCCCAAGUAGCUCAUUCUUAUAUGGCCAUGGGAAAUGUUUAUAGUCAUCAAGGCAAAUAUGAAGAAGCUAUUUCUAUGUAUAAGAACUCACUCCAAAUUCAGUUAUCAAUUCAUGGUAACGAUCAUUUGGAGAUUGCUGGACUCUAUAACAACAUUGGAGAAAUUUAUGAUCACCAGGGCAACCAUCAAGAGGCUCUUACUAUGCACAAAAAGUCUCUCAAAAUUAAAUUAUCAACCCUCGAUUGCAAUCAUCCUGAGAUUGCUAUAUCAUACAUUAAUAUAGGCGUUGCAUACAAUAAUCAGGGAAAAUUUGAUGAGGCGCUUUCUCUGUUUGCCAAAUCGCUCAAAAUUCAAUUAUCAGUUCUUGGUCACAAUCAUCCCGAUGUGGCUACAUCAUAUAAUAACAUGGGCAUCGCGCAUAGAAAUAACGGCAAGUAUGAUGAGGCAAUUUGUAUGUAUGAGAAAUCACUGAAGAUUCGAUUAUCAGUCCUUAGUCACAAUCAUUCUGAUGUUGCUAAAUUAUAUAACGAUAUGGGAAAUGCCUAUGGCGAUCAAGGCAAGUACGAUGAAGCUAUUUCUAUGCUUAAGAGGUCACUUGAAAUACAAAUAUCAGUCCUUGGUCAUGAUCAUUCAGAUGUCGCCAAGUCCUAUAACAGUAUUGGAGCAAUGUACAAUCUUCAGAGUAAAAAGGAAGAGGCUAUAUCUAUGUAUGAGAAAUCGCUCAAAAUUGAAUUAUCAAUGCUUGAACAAAAUCAAUUCAAUAAUGCGCAAUCUUAUAACAAUAUUGGAGACGCAUAUAGUGCUCAAGGUAAGCAUGAUGAAGCAAUUUCUAUGUAUAAGAAGUCAUUAGAAAUCCGGUUAUCAGUUCUUGGUAAUAAUCAUCCCGAUGUGGCCGAAUUAUAUAACAACAUUGGAACGGUAUACUAUGAUCAAGGCCACUAUGAAGAUGCAAUUUCUACGUUCGAGCAAUCACUCAAAAUUCGAUUGUCGAUCCCUGGCUACAAUUAUCGUGAUGUUGCUGCAUUAUAUAACAACAUUGGCAAGGGCUAUUCUGAUCAGGGCAAAUAUGAAGAGGCUCUUAUAAUGCAUGAGAAAUCACUUAAAAUUCAGCUAUCAGCCUUAGAUCGAAAUCAUCCCGACAUUGCUGGAUCUUAUAAAAAUAUGGGAGCGGUGUAUAGAAACCAAGGCAAGUUUGAUGAAGCUCUUUCUAUGUACCAAAAAUCGCUCAAAAUUCAAUUAUUGGCUUUGGAUCACAAUCAUCCUGAUAUUGGUAAUUCAUAUGAAAAUAUUAGAAAGGUCUAUGAUGAUCAAGGGAAGCAUGAACAAGCUCACAAGAUGCGCAUUAACAAAUUAGAAAAUCACAAAAUCAGGCCUUGUUGUCCACUAACUAUUGGGCUUUCCUAUAGUGGUAGGCAUUUCGAUUAUGCUCAAUGGCUAUAA